AUGGCCGCCGCUGCGGCUUCCUCCAUCUUCACCAGGGGCAUCGGCUCUGGUGGGAGCAAGGAGAACACCAUGCGCGGACUCGUCUCCUUCAUAGCGGAUCUACGAAAUGCAAGAGCACGAGAAUUGGAGGAGAAGCGCAUAAACAAGGAGCUGGCGAACAUCAGACAGAAGUUCAAGGGAGGCAACUUGACAGGCUACGACAAGAAGAAGUAUGUCUGCAAGCUGCUGUACAUCUACAUCCUGGGCUGGAACGUCGACUUCGGACACCUCGAGGCUGUGAAUCUGAUUUCGGCAAACAAGUACUCGGAGAAGCAGAUUGGAUAUCUGGCUGUCACUCUAUUCCUCCACGAAGAGCAUGAGCUGCUACAUCUGGUCGUCAACAGUAUCCGGAAGGAUCUGGCCGACCCCAAUGAAAUCAACAACUGUCUCGCAUUACAUGCGAUCGCCAAUGUCGGGAGCAAAGAGAUGGGAGAGGCAUUGUGCGCGGAUGUGCACAGGCUGUUGAUCUCGCCAGCCUCGAAGCCAUUCGUGAAGAAGAAGGCUGCUUUGACAUUGCUACGGCUGUACCGGAAAGUCCCUACAAUUGUGCAGCCGGAAUGGAGCGAGCGCAUAAUAGCCAUCAUGGACGAUCCGGACAUGGGUGUUGCGCUUUCAGUCACAUCACUUGUUAUGACCUUAGCCCAGGACGAUCCAGAUUCAUACAAGGGCAGCUAUGUGAAAGCGGCGCAGAGGCUACGGAAGAUCGUGGUGGACCAGGAGUACUCUGGCGACUACGUAUACUACAAGGUGCCCUGUCCGUGGCUACAGGUCAAGCUUCUACGUUUAAUGCAAUACUUUGCACCUUCAGAGGACUCGCACAUACGACAGCUGAUGCGCGACUCACUCCAAGUAAUACUCGACAACGCCAUGGAGUCGCCAAAGAAUGUGCAGCAGAACAAUGCACAGAAUGCUGUUCUUUUCGAAGCUAUCAAUCUCAUCAUCCAUCUUGACACCGAACGGGAUCUAAUGGUGCAGAUAUCGACGAAACUGGGCAAGUUCAUCGGCUCACGAGAAACGAAUGUACGAUACUUAGGCUUGGAAGCCAUGACACAUUUGGCAGUGAGAGCAGAAACGAUGGAGCCGAUCAAGAAGCACCAAGACAUUAUCAUUGGCUCAUUACGAGAUCGAGAUAUUACGGUGCGGCGGCAGGGUCUAGAUCUGCUAUACAGCAUGUGCGACUCCACGAACUCGCAGAAGAUCGUUCAUGAGCUGCUCAAGUAUCUUCAAUCUGCCGACUACGCAAUACGAGAGGAAAUGGUCCUCAAGAUCGCCAUCCUUACAGAAAAGUACGCCACUGAUGUAAAGUGGUAUGUCGACAUAUCAAUGCGGCUAAUCGCCAUGGCUGGCGACCAUGUUAGUGACGAAGUAUGGCAGCGCAUCAUACAAAUCGUGACGAACAACGACGAGCUUCAGGUGUAUGCAGCUCAGAACAUCCUGCAAUACUGCCGAGCCGAUCACUGCCACGAGACACUGGUCAAGAUUGGCAGUUACAUUCUGGGUGAAUUCGGACACUUGAUCGCAGACACAAAAGGAUGCAGUCCCAUCGAGCAGUUCCUGGCACUACAGGCGAAGUUUGGUUCAAGUCCGCCUAAUACAAGAGCGAUGAUUCUUUCAGCCUUCAUCAAGUUUGUCAACCUCUUCCCGGAGAUCAGACCGCAGCUACUACAGACUUUCAAGACGUACAGCCAUUCGCUUGACUCGGAACUGCAGCAACGAGCCUGCGAGUACUUGGCAAUAGCGACAGCACCAACAGACGACUUGCUCAGGACGAUAUGUGAUGAAAUGCCACCAUUCCCAGAGCGGGCAUCCGCACUUCUGUCGAAGCUCAACAAGAAGGGGACUGCUGUUGGCGACAAGCGGACAUGGGGCAUAACGGCAAAGGACGGACUUCCAUCCCUUGAAAGGAGUACGACACUGAAACGGAACUUCUCUGCUGGGGCUACAGCUACACUUGAUGCGAACGGUUUCGCGAAUGGGCCUGCGACAAAUGGCGCGAAUGACACACAUGCCAAUGGCUUGCCCAAGACGCCGAUCGAUGAAUUGGCUGGCCUCGACCUCACAACCGGCGGCGCACCCAACCUCGCGAGCGCAUCACAUUUAUCACCAGAGUGGGAACCCGGCUACAAUCGCCUUCUGCUCAGACCCGAAGGCAUUCUCUACGACGACGUCCAAGUCCAGAUCGGUCUGCGCUCUGAAUACCGCGCAGAAGUCGGCGUAGUAAUCCUCUACUUCAUGAACAAAUCCUCCUCACCCAUCCAAUCCUUCACCACAACCCUCGACAAUCGCUCAGGCGACAAGCUCCGCAUAGACAUCAAGAACCUUCCCGAUACAACAGUCCGACCCGGCGACCAAACAUCACAAACAAUCAUGUUCGUCCCCAACGGCGUCUUCGUCGACCCACCCACAAUCCGCGUCUCAUACAUGGCCGGCGCCCUCCAAGCCUUGACACUUCAACUCCCCGUCGCACUACACAAAUACAACGAAGGCGCCGUCCUGAACUCAGAAGAUUUCUUCAAGCGCUGGAAGCAAAUCGGCGGCGCGCCGAGAGAAGCACAGAAGAUUUUCAAGGCGUGGGACAUCACGACGGAGAACACCCGACGGUUCCUCCAAGGCUUCAAAUGGGUUAUUCUAGACGGUGUAGACCCCAACGCGAAGAAUUUCGUAGGCGCGACAGUUCUGCAUACAGGCACGGGCAAGUUUGGAUGUCUGUUGAGACUGGAGCCGAAUCAUGAAAAUAAAAUGUACCGCCUCACGAUCCGCGCCACAGACGAAGCAGUCCCGCCAGUUCUGAUGAAGUUUAUGGAGGAGAGGCUCAGCCAGCCAUUCCCGAACUAA